GGCUGCACUCCCCGGCCUCUGCCGCUUCGUCCUGAGCGCCGACGCCAGCGCACUCGUGCCCGCAUCCCAGCGCUGCCGUGCCGAGCGCCUGGUCCCACGGCGCUUGGCAGAGGAGCUCGUUGGUGACGAACCCCUCGACAUCGAGGUAGAUCUGGUGCUCGACAAGAAGGUCUUCUGCACCUUGCGCUCUUCCAAAGCCAUAUUCGACGCACCGAGGCAGGGAGACUUCAGGUCUCAACAGUUCAUCUUUGCAAUCAAGGUGCGUGAUCUGCCUAGAGACAGCCACUUCGCGUUUCGAUUGAGGCCUCCUAGUGCGCCUCGCUGUUGCUCAGUGCUGGCCCUCUUCAACGACCGGGGGGUUUUGCGCCAAGGCCCAGCCAUGGAUCCCACGGACCACGGAGCAGGCAAGGAAAGAGAUGCAGCUGCUGAAGGCCGGAGGCUCGUCGCGCUUCUCCCAGACGACGAGGUUUCGGAUUCCCGCAAACUACCAGACCACGGCACCGGUCUGCUCACAGAGGGGCAGGAUGCAUCGAAGUUUGCAGGCUUCAGGAGAGCAUCCAGCGCAAGGUCAGCAACCGGGCGACUCCAACGAGGCGCAUGCGCGUCAACGGCAUUAUAG